AUGUGCAAAGUGCUAACAAUUCUGUUCCUGUUCUCAAUACCGAAGCUUACAAGAAGUGACUACAAUGUGACAAUGUUAAAAUCAGUUCUGACUGUCAUUUCUACCAGGGAGCAGUGGACGAAUACUCCAAUAUUCAUGGGACACAGCAGAAAACGAGACGAUCUCAGUGAUUUCUUUAUUUGGCUUCAUCAAACAAUGGGAGUUACUAGUCUAACGAUAAAUUCAUUAAUUCAACCUGAAGAGCUAAAACCUUUUGGCCACUAUAAAAUAACUAGAAAUAAUGCCAUCGGUUUAUUUUUUUGCCACGGAAGGCAGGAUAUUCUGUGGUUUACUCUGGAUAGUGGCCUUCGAAAAUUGCGACGCAUUCCCUUGAUCAUCAUGCUGCGCUCGCAAAGAAGUCAAUCGCAUAGAGCUAUUCAAUCUAUAUUCACAACACUGUGGCAGUAUCAAUUUCUUAAAGUUCUUGUCCUACAUCGCGAUCAGAUUUACUCUUACACUCCGUAUCCGACUGUGCGUUACUUCAAGCUAAAUAUUCAUUCGGAUCCGCUUUUUCCAUCUGCAACAAGGAAUUUUCAGGGAUAUGUGGUCUCCACUCUAGCGGAGAAUGAUAUUCCAAGAGUGUUUCAUAUCCACGAUCCUAGCACUGGUCGCAGAAAGAUGCGGGGCUAUGCAUAUCGCGCGUUUGUAGAGUAUUUGGAUCAUCAUAACGCAUCGCUAGAGCUAACCAACCCUGACGAGAAACUUGACCCAACAACUAGUGUAAAUAUGAAUCGUAUUUUGGAGCUAAUAAUAGAAGGACAAUUGGAAAUCUCUUUGCAUCCGUACGUUACCACACCAAAGAACACAGUAAAGAGUUACCCCUUGCUAAUAUAUCCAAAUUGUUUGAUUGUGCCAGUGAGAAAUGAGAUUCCAAGACAUAUGUACCUUUUACGGCCAUUCCAUCUGUACAGCUGGUAUAUUCUCUUGUUCGCAGUUUUUUACAUAACCGGAAUACUACAUUGUAUGAGUCCAAAACUGCAUGGAAGUACCUGUGCGCAACAGUUGGGCUUGAACUUUUUGGUUGCCAUAAGCAAGGUCCUUUUUAUCAGCUCCCCCGUAUCAGCAUACGGAGUUACAUGGCGCCAUUUCAUUGUUUUUGUACUACUGGCUAUCCUGGGAUUCAUCACCACAAGUUGGUACAACAUUGAGUUGGACAGCUUCUUAACAACUCUGGUUGUGGGCGAGCAAGUCAAUAGCAUCGAUCAGCUCGUCCAGCAGCAACAAAAAGUUUUGGUCAAGGAAUACGAAGCUAAUACUUUUCUGCGACAUGUUGAGCCCCGAUUAGUGGAAAAAGUGGCUAGGCUCUUAGUGAGCGUAAAUGCCAGUGAACAGGUGAUCGCCCUGCUCAGUUUUAAUCGCACUUAUGCUUAUCCUUUUACUGAAGAACGUUGGCAGUUUUUUGCCAUGCAACAGCAAUAUGCCUUUAAGCCGAUCUUUCACUUCUCAUCCGCUUGUCUGGGAUCUCCACAAAUUGGUUAUCCAAUGCGAAUUGACAGCCAUCUGGAGCCGUCGCUAAACAUGUUCAUAAUGAGAAUUCAGGGUGCAGGUCUACUACAUCACUGGCUGAUCUCCGACUUUAACGAUGCCAUGCGAGCUGGCUAUGUGAGGUUUCUGGAUAAUGUUCUGGGAUAUCAACCUAUCGACGUGAAUACAUUACGACUGGGCUGGUGUGUUUUGGGAAUUGGUUGGUUGCUGUCUACUUUGAUUUUUAUUUGCGAACGCUGGCACCUUUACCCUUGGCGCAUUUUCCCUUAGCUUAGGUAAUAAA